GGCGGGUGUUGGCUGCUCAAUAGAUGGCGUAAGCAUCAAUAAUAUUAGUUAUGCAGAUGACAUGGUGUUGCUGAGCCCCUCAGUUAGUGGCCUCAGAAAGCUGUUACGUAUUUGUGAGGAGUAUGCAGAGGAGAACGGACUCAGCUACAACUCAAAAAAGAGUGAGUUUCUUGUCUUCAGAGGGAGGAACAAACCUAUAACCUUUACUCCUAGCAUAUAUCUGUGCGGUACCCCUCUGAAGCAAGUAGCUGAGUUCAAGUACCUCGGCCACGUGGUGACUGAGCGCCUCGAUGACGACAAAGACAUGGAACGGGAGCGCAGGGCGCUGUCGGUCCGCGGCAAUAUGUUGGCUCGCAGAUUUGCACGCUGUACAACGCAGGUAAAACUGACCCUUUUCAGAGCCUACUGUCAAUCUUUUUACACGUGCAGUCUGUGGAUGAACUAUACGCAGCGGUCCUACAGCGCCUUACGUGUUCAAUACAACAAUGUGCUGAGGGCGAUGCUGGGAAAACCACGGCACUGCAGCGCGUCCGCAAUGUUUGCGGAUGUGCGCGUGGAUGAUUUCUACGCGAUCAUGCGCAAGCGUGCGGCGUCUAUGAUAAGCAGAAUCGUGACUAGUACCAACUCCCUCCUCAGCGCGUUGGCAUGGAAGCUGGACGGCCCCCUCUGGAGGACCUGGAACGCUGCACAUGUUGAAACAAGGGCGCCUAAAAGGUGGUUUUGAAAUGUAGUUAAUUUUAUAGCUAGUAAGUACUAACAUAGUUUUUAAGUUAUUGUUACUAACACUUUGAUCUAGGUUUAGCUACUAAUAUAGGAUUAAGUAAAUAAUGUUACUAACACAUAAAUAUGGACUAUGUAUAAUGGUCUGAAAUAAACGUUAUUAUUAUUAUUAUUAUUAAAAGCGUUGUGUUAUUUUAAUUAUUAUAAAAUGU